UGUAUCAUAUUGAUCAAAUAAAAAAAGAAAGAAAUUAUUAAAAAAAAUCUAGGCUUGACCAAACUUGCAUCCGAAUAAGACAAAACUCAUAACUCCAAGAAUAUUGUGGAACUUGAAGAAAUUUCCUUUGUUCUUUCACUGACUUUACCUCUUAACUCUCUUUCUUUGUUUCUUGCUUCUUCUUCUUCUUGCUGCACCUUCCUCCCUUUUGCCUCUUAGAAAAACUCGCCCACCUUGACAACAACGACAUGGAUAUGUACACAUGUAUGUGUGUAUAUAUAUACACCCCCAACCCAAUCACCUAUAUUCAACAUCUCCUGCAAAACCAGUUAGUUCUUUGUUGAAACCAUUUAUCUUCUCUUCCAGUUCAGCACUUGAAGAACAAUCUAUGCCUGUAAACCAAUUACACUGCUUUCUAGCCAUGGAUAAGGCUUCUUCAUCGUCGGGAUGCGAAGAAUCAUCUCUCCCUUUGUUUGGUUUGCUCGACUUUUUCCUCAUCGGUUUUUUCAGAUGGGUUUUGAUAGCUCAGAGCUUUCUCUCUAGAUUUUGGCCUCUUACACAACAGCAAAGCGUUACCCAGAAGAAGAACAAGGAGCUUGAGUUCAAGAAACAGCAGAGUCUGUCGAAACAUGAAGAUGAACUCUCCAGAGAAGAUGUUGAGAUGGUGAUGAAAAGUUUGGGACUUUUCUCCGAACAAGAUCACGGCCAGGGACUUCAAGAACGGUACGGUUCCAAGGAGGUUCUGAGUUUGUUUGAAGAGAAAGAGCCGAGCUUUGAAGAAGUGAAACAAGCUUUUGAUGUCUUUGAUGAAAACAGAGAUGGGUUCAUCGACGCACCUGAGUUGCAGAGAGUUUUAACAGCAAUAGGGUUGAAGGAAGGAUCUAACUUGGAGAACUGCAGGAAAAUGAUCAGAUCAUUAGAUGGAAACAAAGAUGAAAGAAUCGAUUUUCAUGAAUUUGUGAAAUUCAUGGAAAACAGAUUCUGCUGAAUCUUUUUUUUUUUAAUCUUUGCUUCUGUUUUUGCUCACAAUCUCUACAAUCUCCAUCUUUCUGGCUUUAUAUAAGGAGACUGUGUAUGUUUUCUGUAUCGGUUGUAUAAACUACCAUCAUUUCAUAUCAA